AUGGCCUUCCGCUUCACCCUGCCCGCCUCGGAUGGGAGGCUACACAAAGAAGAGGACAUCUCACUGAUGAGGGCCGCCUCGCACCGUAUUUCCAGCAGCAGCAGCAGCAACAUCCACAACCACAACCACAACCACAACAGCAGUACCAACAACAACAAGUCCAACCAGCUCGACGGCACGCACACUCCCGCGCCCGACAGACGCCAGUCCACCCCGGUCGAAUCAACAGCCUCGCCCGCCCCCAACCGCCGCCAUGUCGUCUUCGCCGACCCCGUCGCCUUUCGUUUCCUGGAGGAGGACCCCUGCGUCACUGUCGUUGAGCGCAAAGGCGUACUUCGCGGCUACGAACUAUAUCUCGUCGAGCAGUGGGCCUGCUCCCGCAAGUCGCCCUCUCUGGUCAUUGUGACGUAUACCGGCGAUCAGCGCCAUUCCGUCGUCGUCGGCGUGUUGAGUGUUCCUGAGGACGAGGGUGCCUGGUCGCCGCGGCUGCGGCUCUACUUUGACGCGGUGCAGCAGUACCAUGCACGACCGAAGGAGACGCCCAUAGGGAAGGCCAUGGUCACAAAUCUAAGCAGCUUCCCCUCUGCCUUGACGGUGAUACCCGUGCCGGACGGAGAUAUCAAGAAACACCGUCAGGAGUUUAUAGUCAACGAAAACCUCAAGCGUCUGGGCUGCUCCGGUCGAGCUGGCUUGACUCUCUCCGAACCGACGGCUGCGGCCAAGGCCAAGUUUUACCAGUCAUACAAGGCUAGCGAAAAGGUUCCCUUUGCCGAGGCCGUCGUGGAGCUUGUCAAGCUAUGCCAGGUCGCUCUCUUCAUAUUCGGCAAGCUCGAGCCCGAGUAUAUCGAUGGGCUUCUGUGCGACGUGACUGAAACGUCCGUUGGCGACUGGUGGACCGAGUUCGGUGCCGAUUACUACAACAUCGAGCCCACCGACGGCAUCCUAGGCCCAACCACUGUCGUUGCGCUCCUGGGCCUGUUGAUGGGGGCAAGGAACCGGCUCAGUUACUAUGGUGCCCCCAUCGGCAAAGACGUCUUCGACAUAGACGGGACCAAAAGGGGAAUUAGCUAUUUUCAGAAGUCCCAAAAGCUGGAGCGAACGCGGCGGCUGGAUCGUCAGACACUGCACAGACUUCACCAUGUGACCGCAAAGGCGGCUGCGGGCGAGGGCUGGGGUGUCCAGAAGGCCGUCAAGUCGACGGUCACGGAAAUCGGAGGAAAGCGUGGCGAGAUCGUCCUGGGCAUGGUGGGCGGCCGCGAUAAAGGUGGCAUAGGAGACAUUGAGACUUUGGACAUGGGCAAAUUCGUCAGCUUAGCCCAUGGAGAACGCGCGAAAUGGCUCUGGCUGGGUAAACCCAAGCGUGCCACCAUCGAACAUCACGAGAGGUCAAUACCGGACAUGUCCAAUCUUCUGUUCGGCAGAGAGGAACCCGUCACCCAACCCAAGAGGGCACAGUCCAUACCAUUGGAAGAAGAGAUCGAAAUGCUGAGGAAAGAAGAGUCCCCAGGCAUCUACUCAGCCCCGACACCGGGCUCGGUUACUAGUAUUUCGGCAGAGAGCCCCGGAGACAGGGAUGCAUUGCGGAGAGGCGUCUUCAAGAGUGUAGCCGGGAAGUUCGGUGAUGCUCGUUCCGGCUUUGGACGAAUCAAGGACGCCGUCUACAGCGGAGGCGGCUUGAGAAGUCAUGCAAGCCGUCCAUCCCGAGAUGACUCGAUGGAAGCGGCUUAUUCGAGUACCAAUCCUUCCGUUCUGACGGGUUCAUCCGCCGGACUUGUGGCCAGUCCAACCCAAGGGAUUAAUAGAGCUUUCACCUGGAAGAACAAACCCGAAGAGUACCGCCAUGCUUUUAAAGAGGAAGUCGAUGUCACCUCUGCGCCUACUUCAGUUGGCCUCCUGGGACAGCCAGAAACGUCCACGAGCGAAUCGCAGUCCAUGAGCCAAACAGAGGAGAGGACACCAAAUGGGGAAAUCAAACGCUUUUCCCAAGCUACUGAAUUACGUCACGAGCUUGCGAAAAUCGAUACCUCAGCUGCCGCCUCCGCAGUCGAUAAGACCCAACUGCAGGGCCCAGCGUUGGGAGCCGAAAGACGGCUCGACCAAUCCGUGGCACUACUUCACAGGCGUCACAGUGUUGCCGGCUUACGGCCAGAUGAGCGGUCUUUGAAUGAGAGCAGAUGGCCCCGGCGAUUAUCAUUUGGAGAUGCUGAGGAAGCUGUGCUGGGGUGGACUGCAUUGACAAUCUUGGAUGAUGAUGAAGACGCAGAUGCCGCAACAAUACUGGAGCGGCAAGCUCAGCUUGCAGAACUGGCCCGCAGCCUCUAUCUCAAUAUUCUCAGCAUAAAAGAGGGCAUCGAGCCUUGGGUUGAUACAAGGAUCAAGUCCGUCGAGGCAAUGGAAGAAACCUACGCCAAGCAGCAAGACGACCUACAAACCCUGUACUACCAACUGACGGAUGCGUACCAGCAUACCAAGCAAGGCUCACAGGAACUGAUCGGUAGCGAGCGGGCGCAGAUCACCGAAGCGGUUAAGGAUGUCGAGGUACUGGUUGCGAAGCUGGAGUACGAGAUUAACGCCCUCGUUUCGCGGGUGCAGGAUGUCGAAGAUGGUGUUGCCCAUUUCGAAGUCCAGGUAGAUGCGGUGGAGAGGAAAGUCGAGGAGCUCAAGGCCCAGCUCGAGACAGAGAGCUGGCUCCACUGGGCCGUGAGGACUCUGACGGGCAUCGGCACAGGGCCGAACAUUACGCAGGUCCAUGAUCAUGACCAGACCAACAAUCUGUUCAAGACACCACCCUUCACCACCACACUACACUUGACCGGUCCUGAUACCAUCAGAGUGCAACAGGACGAGAUGCCGCCCGAGAGGAUCCACCGCGCCCGCCGCUAUCGCGGCCUACGAGAUGCCAAGGGCUCCCGGUGGCACGGCAAGGGCUUCCGGGACCACGGGAGCAUGUGGAUCAACGUCAACGAGGGCUUCACGCGGGGCCGGGACGUCCCCGAGCACAUGCGCCUCGACUUGUUUGUAGACACGCUGGAUGAACACCCGGAUGCCAUCAACCCCGGCGGGUGGUGCGACGUCUUCUUCCGCAAGACGUCCCUGUUCGACCUUGUCGAGGAGCACCCGGACGAUCUCGUCGAGGACUGGUUCGACGGCGGCGAAACCGUGUAUCGCAAGGUGCGUUCUCUCACACAUGCCAUGCUCCCCCUUGACACUCAACUAUCGAGGUGUGGUGUGUGUGUGGUCCGGGCGAAACAGUCCCCCAUCAAAACUCUAACGUGCGGCAUAUCUAUCCAGUACUACGACGCCGAGGGCUAUGAGAUCAACGUGGUUCUGGGCGAGCGCAAAGGCACCAAGCCCCAGCCCCGGCGCCGCGGCUCGCCGCGCCAACGGCUCCACACCGGCGAUCCGGGCUUCACCCUGAUGUACAACGAGACGCAGUACCGUGACUUUAUCAGCCCGGGCUUUGACGACCGGUACGACCAGUGGCAACGGCGGCGGGGGCAGCUCUACGGGAUGCUGGAGCCGCGGUACUUUGAGGAGCCCGAGCCCCGCGUUCGGCCGCAGGUCUACAGCACGCCAGAGCCGCCGUAUCUCGAGGAGCCCGAGCCCCGCGUGCGACAGCAGGUCCGCCAGGUCGUGCCCCCGCGCGAUGCCGGGGCUGAGCACGAGCAGAGGCUCCGACGGGCGCGCGCGGUGGGGCGCACGCGCGAAGAGGCUGCGGUGCUGGAGGCGGCCCUGGCAAGGCGGCGGUGGCGGCGUCAACGUGAACGAGAACAAGGACGGUAG